CUACCAAAAUGGCGGAUGCUAAAGUACAUUGUAUAGAAUUAAUAAUCGAAGGAUGAUGAAGAUUCCUUUGAUUUAUUAUAAAUAAGAUAUAGAUCUAAAAUCAUUGUAAAAAAGCUAGCUUUUGAAAUACUUUCCUGUCAUUUUAAAAUUAAAAAAUGGCUAGCAGACAUCGUACUUAUUCAUUGUUCUCAAUAUAAGAAAUGCAGUCAUCUGAUAAGUGUAUGUUUUGAAAGAUGAAAUCAGUCCCAGCUCAAUGUUAAAAUAUAAUUGGGGGUUAAAAAUCCGAAGAUCUCUAAACACCAUGACACCAUGCUGACUCAGUCUAAGCCAUUUGAUCAUGUAUUCAGCACUGAGAGCAUGACUAACAGCAGAUUUAAAAAAAAAGAGAGAGAAAGAGAACUAAGUCGCUCAGGGAAUUCUUUAUAUGAGUUAUUGGGCCUAAAGAAAGGAGCCACCAGUGAUGAAAUCAAGAAGGCAUACAGAAAGCUGGCACUCAAGUUUCACCCAGACAAAAACAGAGACAACCCUGAUGCAGCUGACAAGUUCAAAGAAAUCAACCGAGCCAACAUGAUCCUUUCAGAUGGCACCAAAAGAGGUAUCUAUGAUCGCUAUGGUUCCAUGGGAAUUUAUGCAGCAGAGCAGUUUGGGGAAGAAAAUGUCAACACAUAUCUUGUUCUAACCAGUGGGUGGUGUAAGGCACUGGCCAUCUUCUGUGGCAUCAUCACUGGCUGCUACUGCUGCUGCUGCUGUUGCCUGUGCUGCAAUUUCUGCUGUGGCAAGUGUCGCCCUCAGUCACCGGAAGAAGAUGGCGACUACGCAAACCUCCAUGUGAGUAGUAAAGAUGGGAUGAAAGAUGGCCAGGAGGAAAUGAGCAACUCACCAAGUACCCCUGAGGAUGCCAUUACCUCACAGCCAAUAGCCCUUGGUAUGGGGAAAGGUGAGGAAGUAGAAGUGGAUGAUGGCGUUGAUGAGAAGACCAACUUUAACACCACAAACCUACCAUCCUAUGGUGCCGAUGACAGUUUGUCAGCCCCGGUGGCAGGGUCAGGUGACGUCACUAGUAUACAAAAAUAAGAACUUUUGAUACCUGAGUAAAAUGGGUUUUUUUCCUGUACAAUGUACUGCCAUUUUUGGGUUUUCUUUUAUUAUGUUAUGAGUUGAUUGAUGUUACUCUGAGCCUUUUAGUGUUCACUGAAUUUUUACGUUCAUCAAUUGUAGUUUUUUUUGCUGUUAUGAAUUUGUUAAAUUAAAUUCUGCAAAUUUUCCCAAAGAGUAUGAUUAGAAAAUUAAUCACUCUAUCGAAGUUAAAACAUUUUUGUCAUCAAAGUUUUAGACAUUUUUUUAAAUGAAGGUUUUGAGUUUUGUAUUUGGUUAAGCUUUAACUUAUGAUUUUGCUACUUUACUCUUAGUUCUUUAUAAUUCAAUAUUUUAAACAACUUUAAAUAAUCAAGAAAUCCCCUGUAAAUGAAAUAGAAUGUAGAAGAUUUUUGUUCCAAAACAAAUCAAUCAGAAACUGAUCUCUGUAUGAAAUCAUUAUUAUUUUUUUUUUUUAGAUCAUUAGUUACUUACAGUGUAUAUUAAAUCUUGUAAAAUACAAUUUUCUUUCUUCUCUCUUUGUAUUAUAAAUCUUGUCUGUAGAGUUAGGUAUCUUUGAUACAUACACUGACCGCCCAGGCACAAAAUGAUUUGUGUUUAGAUCACACAUUUUAAAAAAUUAUAGGUGUCUAGUUAUUGUAUAUUACUAGCACUUAAAAAUGUAUAUUUCAUUAACUUUUGCUUAAUAACUUAAACUAUCCUAAAAUGAAAAAGAGCUUAUAUUUAAUUAUUAUUCCAAGUAUGAAAUUCGGUAGUGGAAUUUAUACUCAGAAAUAUUUUCAGUAUGUGUAAAUAGAUAAAGCUUUCUACUAUCUUUCUACUCCAUCUACUUAAAAAAAUCUAUGAAUAACACCUAAAUGUAAGUUAUUAGCCCUUCUUUUGUCUGCACCUCUUUAGCCUAACAGAAGUAGGUAUUUAUAAAGUAAGCUAAAAAUGAUAUUACAUUUCGUAGUGCAAUCUAGAGCUGAUACCAUUUAAUGAACAAAAUAAUGUAUUCAUAUAUCGUUCAGACUUUGAUUUUAGCUAUUACAAUUUAAAAAAAAACCAUUCCAGUCUUACUAUAAUCUCUGGUUUUUAAGCCAUGCUUUCUUUUUUUCAUUACAAUUUAUUUUAAGUGCAUUUAAAUUGUAUUUUUAAUUCUUGAAAUUAAUUUUUUUUUACUUUAAUGUGUUGGAUUUAGUGAAAAUAAAUUAAAUGUGUUUUGUUAAAGUCAAAAUAUUUUUUUCUAAUUUAAAAAAAAAAAUUAUGUUAAUAGCUUAUAUAAUAUUAAAGUAGCCAAAGAUUAUAUUUUUAAUGUAUACCUAUAAAGAACUAUGUUUUUAUGUGCUUUUUCUUUUUUAAAUUAAUUUAAUGGUUUAAUGUUCAGUUUAAAACAAUAUAAAUGUCUUUGCUGCGACAUGCAGAUGUCAGUUUUAUUAUGUCUUAAAUUUAAAAAAAAUAGAGCAUUUUUCUUGCAUGGAAUGUUGUAGUGAAUAAAUUCCAUCAUUCUUCCAUUCCAAGUUGAGGUAUAUUUUCUGUGAGUUAACUACCUACACUUGCCUAAUAUAUUAUUUUGACUAACAAAAAGCAUAUUCUGAAGAUUCAUGUUUUAAAAUUUUUGAACAGUUCCUAGAAGUAUUGAAUUAAAAAAAAAUCAAAUAUAAAAUUGCUAAAUUGUGAUAUCAAACUGGUUGCAAAAUGGUUAAUUGAAUGAUAUUGUUGUACUAAGUAUUUAUUGUGAAUACAUGAACAUGUAGCUGUUUGUUAUAUAAUGGUGUUGACAACUCCAGUCAUGGUUUUAGCAACACUUUUCUGUUUGUAUAUUUUUUGUAUUGUAUUACCUAGCUCCCUUUGUAGGCAGUGUGAGCUGCCACAUAGAACUUUUUUAUCCUGAUUUGAUCUCCAUCGACUUUCAUAACAUGUUUUAAACAGGUGUGAUUUAGGGAAUGUUCAUUGAACUAACUAAACUAUACUUAACAUGCUAUGGUUAGAGAUACAGGUAUUUAAAAUUAAGUCUGAUUAAAUAUGGUGACAGACUCUAGGUUAAAGAAAGAAUAAAUUAUCUGAUGUUUCUACCCAAGAUUUUCAUCAGCUUUACUUUUUUGUGAGAAAUUUUUUUUUAAUUUCGCCUUUGAUCAGUAUUUGUUUUCUGUUAAUUCUUAUCGAACUUGGAUACAAAUAAAAUAAAAUAAAUAAUUAUUUCGUGUUGUUUAGGUUCCUAGCUUUAUCCAAGCUCCCUAUAUAUUUUUAAGAUGUUGUUGCUCCCAUCUUUUGUCAAUAUAAAUUGUAGUUAAAAAGUAUAAAUAGAAGGAAAUUAUAUAUUUCCCUUUUAAUGUAGUUUUAAUAGUAAGCUUUCAGUUUCCUUGCUGAGACUAAGCAUCAUCUACUGCUAUAUUUAUUAGAAUAUGGUUCCCUACUACUAAUGAACAACAGUGCUAUUAUAUUUGUUUCCUUUAAUGUUAACUUGUAAUCUAUUGUAAUUAUACUUUUUCACUAGUGACACUAUCCUGUCACAUACAAUGAAAAUUGUGUAAAAUAUUACUUGUUUUUAUUUUGUUUUUAAUACUUAUUGAAUAUUUAUGAGCUAAUAAUAAUGCAAAUUAGCUGAACAUUGUUAAACAUUUCUUAAAUAUAAAAAAAACUGCAUGCAAUUUCAUCAUUAUAUAUUUACUACAGGCUUGUUAAAUUUUCGUCUUCUCUUCAAUACACAUUUUUAAACUGUUGUAAAAAUUAGUACAUUUUAUGGUGAUUUUUACUGUUAACUAAAUAUUUUUAGUUUAAGAAAUUUUUCGUGUACAAAUUACCAAAAUAUUUUUUACAUGUUUUUCUUGUGGCUAAAUACACAUGAAAGCAACAUUGAUUCUAGAUUUUUAGAUUCCUUCCUCUUUUAGAUUGCUUCGUUUUUUAAAUUCCUUCCCAGUAAAAAUAAAAUGAAAAGAAAAAUUAAAUUUAAUUAUCUCAACCUCUAACAGGUUCCGAACUGACACCCGUGAAACAUUCACGUAAACUCUCCCAGCAACUACGGAUUAUAAAGUUCACAUUGAAAUAAAACUUAACCACUUAGUUUUGAACAUGAUUUUGUAUUAAUUGCUUAAGGGAAUGGGGACAUGCAUUAUUGUCUACUUGUAUAUGAUUUUUUUUCAUAUCUUUAAUAUUGUGAUGCUUAUGUAUUUACACUGGAUGAUUGUAUGUUGGUUUUAGCACAUAGCAACAAAACCAUUUAGAGCUUGCCAUGCUGGUAUUAUUUUGUUUUGUUGUUCUGUGAAGCAGAUUAGAAACUUAAAGAAACACAUCAGCUUCAACUAUAUUGUAGUAGACUUUAUAUAUCAUUAUUAAUAAGGUUUUUGUAUUAGUAGAACAAUUUCUACUUGCUAGCUUUUGGUUUAGACAAUAUUUACUACUAUAAAGAAAUUAUGGGUGAUCUGGUCUUUUUUUAAAAAAAAAAGUUUAUUAAUAAAUCUAAUCUAUUACAAUAUUUUUUGCUGUCUAUGAUUAGCCUGACGAAUUUAAGAGUAUUCUGUCCACAUGGAUAAUCUCCCUUUGGUUGAUGUACUAGGAGCUACAGUUUAAACUGAAAUUUCUGUAAGCUUUUGUGCUUUGCACUUAUUAUCUAUUGAGCAAACUGUCAUCUUUAAAAAUUAUGAACUUAUUUACUUAAACUUAAAAAAAAAAAAAAAUGAAACAUAACCAUCAACAAAAUAAUGUAUUUUAUACAAUACUAAAUAGUAGGUUUUUUUUUUGUGAGCACUGUUUGAAAAUAAAUGUCUAUGUUUAGGUUCUGUAAAAAUCCAUUUGUAAUGAGCUGAGUCAUCUUCAUUGUUGGGUGUAAAUAUAGUUCUUAAGUUUUUUUUUAAAGAAAAACUUACAUUUUUAGAGCUUAUUUAUAUUUUAAUUUUUAAUCUUUAAGCAGUUGUGAUUUGUAGAUUCUCUUUGUACCUGAUGGUACAAACUUUGUAAUGUUAGUUGAAUUUUCUCUGACCUUUAAAAAAAUCCACCUUUUUAUUGGGCACAUAAUUAUACAUGAAAGAAUAUUUUCAUCUUGGCAAUGAGCCGCACAAUCAUCUUUUUGUAAAGGCUGACAAUUUCAAAAUUUUUUCAUUGAAAAAAUUCACAAACUAUAUUUUUAUGUUCUUUUUACUUCUAAAUUAUAAGUAUACUAAACUGCUAAUAUAUGCUGUAGCCGAGUUAGUUUAGUCAGAGUUAAUUCCCCUAGUUUGCUGUUGUAAUUUGUGACCUCUUGUCCUAGACUCAUAAUUAGGCAAUAGUUUCUAGUGCUGAAAAUAUUUUGUUAAAAGCAUGAGUUAAUUUGUUUUCAUCAUGCUGUUCUGUAUAGUUUUUAAAAAGACCCCCGAACUUCUUUUUUUUUCUCAACUGGGUAGAUUCAGCUUUGCUUUGUGAUAGCUGCAUUAUACCAACGGAAGAAUGGUAUUCGCGUUGACUCAACACUUUUUAUAAACUUCGGGAACGGUUGUUUUGUCUGCAGACUGCUUUACUUAGCUUAACAUUUUGCAGUUUCUCAAGAAAGUAAUGGCCUCAACUUAAAAACAGUUAAUUUUAAAACAGUUAAAUCCUCAGUAUUUGAAAUUGAUAUGGUUUUUUCUAUUAUUAUGGGGGUUCUAUAUCUUACUUAUUCUUUUGUAGAUAUGAGAUACUUAAUAAUAGUUUCAUUUUUCCUGAUUACUUUCUUUGUAUAGUUAAUUAACAAACUUUUAAGACUGAUGCACUAAACUAGUAAAUAGAUUCAGUAUAGAUCACUGUUCAACACAAAAUGUACUUUAGAUUUCUUGCAUAAAUCAAACUCACAUGUUUCUUUAAUUCUGUUGAUAUUUUGAAAAUAUUUUUGAAAUAUUACUACUUUAGUUUGGCAAAUGAUUUCACUUUUUUUUUGUGAAUUAAUUUAACAAAAUUGUUAUUUGAGUUGAAAAUGAAAUUGUAGUGAAAGUUUUGCCAAUCUGAUUUUGUUGAUCAAAAAUACAGUUGUGACCUUGUACUGUUUAAAGAUCAGUUCAGCUUGGGUGUACGUUUUUGAGCUGAUUUCUAUGCAGAUCUGUAUCAAUGUGACUAAUACGAGGUGGGAUUUAUAUAAAUUAUGUCAUCAUUUAACUCUGUAGACACAACAUAUAACGUGAUUUGUAUUAAUUUUGGUAGAACUUUAUUUUAAGAAGGGGGAACUAACCAUUGCCUUGUUGUAGUUAAACUAUUUUUCAGGUGUGGUUAUUUUCAUUGAAAAGCUAGUAAGUACAAUGUUUAAGAAGUCUUUGUUUGAAUCCUAGGACAUUAUUAUUUGUUCAAAAAAUAAUAAAAACAAAAACUUUUUGGAUUUAAAAUCUUGAAUUUAGAUUUCAGGAAAAUCUGAGAUAUAAAUAGAAUCCAGCUAUUUUUAGAUUGUGCAAUAGCUCCUGAAAGGUUAGAUUCUGAACAAUAAAUUUAAAACAGCUUAUUAAAAUGAAAUGCUUGAUGAUUGAGAACUUAAACUUAUUCAAAUAAUUUGUUGACUGAAUGUAUUGAAGGGUCGCUAUCUGUAUAUUAUCUUAGUUUCAACAGCAUGUAUCAGUGUUAAGGGUGGGUCACCUUCGGUAUAGUGUCUUGGCUUCUGCUGUGUAUAUCAGGUUGGUCACCACUAGUGAAGUGUCUUUGGUUUCAUUUGUUUUUGGUUGAUUCUUGUUUAUAAACACAAGUGUGCAAUUCCAUCAAUGUGAGUAUGAUUAGUUCCUCCCUACCCCCCCUCUCACCAUUAAAACAUCCAUACUAAC